AUGGAGGACCCAUCGCCUCGCGUGCUGCUGUACAUCCUACGCCGCGAUGCUCGCCUCUCGGACAAUCCCAUCUUCCACGCUGCAUCCGCCAACUUGAAGACGAAUACAUUUACGAAACCAGUAUACGCCUCUGAUACCCACAUUCGCAAUGAUUCCUUUAUUUCAGACCAGGAUGUCCCUUCCUUCACGCAUCUUUUACCUGUAUAUAUCUUUCCGUCCAACCAAGUCGAAGUCUCCGGAUUUCUUCCAGAUCCAACCAUGGAAUCUCCAUAUCCAAAAGCAAAAAGCCUUGUCGCAGGCUUCUGGAGGACUGGACAUCACCGAGCAAAGUUCAUGGCCGAAGGUGCGUGGGACCUGAAAGAGAAAUUACAAAGCCUUGGUUGCGGAUCCGAUCUACAAAUAAGAGUUGGAAAGACAAGCGAAGUGGUAGAAAACAUAUUGCAAUGGUAUAUAGACGAGAAGAGAGCUGGCCGUAGUACUGUGGACGUUGCAGGCAUAUGGAUGACAGCAGACGAGGGCCAAGAAGAGAAGGAUGACGAGGCGGAUGUGCAGCGAAUUGCUUCCGAGAGAGAGGUGGCGUUCAAGGCAUGGGCUGACGAAAAGUAUUAUAUUGACAAUCGAGAUUUACCCUUGAACGACAUUACCGACCUCCCGAACGUAUUUACGACAUACCGAAAAUCUCUGGAACCACUCCGAUCACGUCCGCGGCCAAGUAUACCCGCUCCUACACAGCUUCCACCAUCGCCUCCGCAAAUCCCGCCUCAACAGCGUCCCUUUGAAAUCCCAACAAGCCGAGAAGGAUUGAUCAAAGCUCUAUUGCAACCACUAGAAGAUGACCCCAGUCACAACUUGCCGCACCCACCUCAGUGGCCUCCGGAGACCAAAUCCUCGCAUCCUUUCCCCGGAGGCGAGACGGCAGCCCACGAGAGACUUCGCUACCUCAUCUCGGAUGGUGCAAUGAGAACGUACAAAGAGACGCGAAAUGGGAUGGUCGGAGUCGACUACAGCACCAAGCUUUCCGGUUUUCUUGCUCAAGGUCACAUAACUGCACGUCAAAUACACUGGGCAAUGAUGGAUUUCGAAGAAGGGAGAGGCCCUGGUGAACAUAUUCCAGGCUAUGGCAAAGGUGAAAAUGACGGCACUGCGGGUGUGAGAUUUGAAUUGUUGUGGCGGGACUACAUGCAUCUCUGUGCGCGCAAAUUCGGCAACAAGAUGUUCUGCCUCAACGGGAUACAAGAUCUAAGCAAAACGCGGAAAUCCAGCGACGUCGAGCCCGACUCCCACCACGAGCAGCGCCCCCCACGCAAACGCUGGAAAGGCGUGCACCACACCAGCGGCCUAGGCGACACCCCCGAACGCACGCGUGAAGUCUUUGGCCGAUUCCGCUCCGGCCGCACCGGCAUCGGCCUCAUCGACGCCGCGAAUCGCGAGGUCUUCCUCACAGGUUACACGUCCAACCGCGCCCGCCAAAACGUAGCUUCCUUCCUGUCAAACUCCUCCCACCUUGGUAUCGACUGGCGCGUCGGCGCGGAGUGGUACGAGUACCUCCUUAUCGACUACGACAUGGCUAGCAAUUGGGGCAACUGGCAGUACGUCGCCGGUGUAGGGAACGACCCGAGACAAGGCCGCGUUUUCAAUCCUGUCAAGCAGGCGCUAGACUAUGACCCGCAGGGCGAGUAUAUCAAGGCGUGGGUGCCUGAGCUACGGCAGCUUCCCCUGACGAAGAGCGUGGCGUUGAAUAAGCAGGAGAUUGACGAGCAGAAGCUGAUGGGGCUCUAUCAGGCGUGGAGGUUGGGUGAUUGGGACAAAGACCGGCUGGGGCUCAGAGGUGUAGAGUGGGUUGAGUGGCCGCUGGUCAAGAUACAAUUCUCCAUCAGUAGAGGUCGGGGCAGGGGGGGUUCGGAUGGGCGAGGUAGGGGUAGAGCGUGGAGAGGUCGGAGUCGCGGUAACGACAGAGGGAAGGCGAGGCUCGCGGUCGAGAAACAGAUGGAAAAUUCACAGAUCGUGGAUGGGACUGGGGGGUAG